AGAACUUCGAUUCUUGCCAAGUCCUCCAUCCAUCCUCGGGUCCGUUUUACAAUGUCUGUCACUCUUCAUACCACUCUGGGAGAUGUGAAGAUCGAAGUAUUUUGCGAAACAGUCCCCAAAACUGCCGAAAACUUCCUUGCCCUCUGCGCGUCGAAUUACUAUGACGGGUGCAUCUUCCACCGGAACAUCAAGGGAUUCAUGACACAGACCGGUGACCCGACUGGAUCAGGCAAAGGCGGCCAGAGCAUCUGGGGCAAGCCAUUCGCUGACGAGAUUCGAACCACCUUGAAGUUCAACGGACGCGGCCUGGUCGCCAUGGCCAAUUCCGGGCCCGACACGAACAAGUCACAGUUCUUCCUGACAUACUCGAAGCAAGCGCACCUCGAUGGAAAGUACACCAUCUUCGGCAAGGUCAUCGACGGUGCAGACACGACGUUGGAUGCGAUGGAACGCGUUCCCGUGAAUGCGAAGAACAGACCAUUGAAUGAAUACAAACUCACUCAUGUUACCAUUCACGCGAAUCCAAUCGCAGAUGCUGAGCUAAGGAGAUAACAGCCGAUCUGCCCAUACAUAGUUCUGUAUUUUAUCUCCUCCCAAACCAGUCUCACGCUGCCGGAUAUUUCUGGGAGAUGUAUUU